AUGUCCAACCCAGUCGUGUUCUUUGACAUCGAGAUCGGCGGUCAACCCGCGGGAACGAUCGAGAUGACGCUCCGAGCGGACGUCGUUCCGAAGACUGCGGAAAACUUCCGUCAGCUGUGCACGGGCGAACCCGGCUUUGGCUUCGCCGGCUCCUCUUUCCACCGCGUCAUCCCGGGCUUCAUGUGCCAAGGCGGCGACUUCACCAACCACAACGGCACGGGUGGCAAGUCCAUCUACGGCCACAAGUUCCCGGAUGAGAACUUCACGCUCAAGCACACCGGCCCGGGCAUCUUGUCCAUGGCGAACGCGGGCCCGAACACGAACGGCUCUCAGUUCUUCUUGUGCACGGCCACCACGGGCUGGCUCGACGGUAAGCACACCGUCUUCGGCUCCGUGACCAAGGGCAUGGACGUCGUCAAGGCCAUCGAAGCCGUUGGCUCCCAAUCUGGUGCCUGCUCCAAGAAGGUGACCAUUGCGAAGUCCGGCCAGCGCUAA